AAACAAGGAAAAAUUAUCAAUGACACCGCCCACUGUGUCUCUAAUUAGUUGAGCCUAAUUUUAUUAAGACGCGAUGUAGUAAUUAUCUCGCGAUAAGGAGAACAUUAAUGUUUGUGUAUAAAAUUGGGCGAACUAUAUUUGAUCACAGCCUUCGUUAAUUGGUCGUUCCCUGUUUUACAGGAAAGAGGAAAUGGCUUUUAAUCAACAACAAAUCAAUCAACGAACUUACCUCAGCCUUCCUUACUUUUCAUUUGGACUUUAUACCAAACAUUCUACUGAUUCACAGAUGACAUUGGCACAAAACAUCUUUUGUACAUUGGAUACAUCUGGAAUAUCUAUCAUGUCUUAAAGACUAAAGGAAAAUGUCUUAACGAACGAAUAUAAUAACCCAACUGCUAUAAAUCCAGGAUUGAAUUACUGUGAAAUAUUUGCUCUGAGCAACAAUUCAUAGCAACAUAUCUCCAUCUCCUUACCUGUUGCUUUUGCAUUCUAAUUAAACUUGAAUAUAUUUCUAAAGGGGUUUGCAGCAUCUUUAGAUAUUGAUAAUGAUCACAGUUGAUAGCAGUAGAAAUAUUUCUGAGGAAUAAAUUAUUACAAAAGAACAAGAAAAAGGAAAUUAUAUGAUUUGGUCAGAGAAGAAAGAUAAAGGAAAAAUUUAAUACUGUGAGAAACUUCAAUGGUUGGAUUGCUAUGAAAUAUCUGCUCUCACCUGAGAUUCAUAGCAACAUUUCUCCAUCUCAUUACCUGGUGCUUUGGCAUUCUAAUUAAACAUAUUUUUAAAGGUGUUUGCAGCAUCUUUAGGUAUCAGUGAAGAUCACAGUUGACAGCAGUGGAUUGGGUUUUUGUGUUCUUUGAAGAGAUGUCGAAAAAGUUAUGCAAGACAUCAUAUCACUGUGAAAUUUGUGGUAAAUUAUUCUCAAGAGAUAUUGACUUAACUAGACACAUACGUAUUCAUACAGGAGAGAGACCGUUUCACUGUGAGGUCUGUGGUAAAUCUUUCUCUCGAAGCAGUGUAUUGACUAUACACAAACGUAUUCAUACAGGAGAGAAACCAUAUCAUUGCGAUAUCUGUGAUAAAGCAUUCUCUGAAAAUGCUAACUUAAGUAGACACAAGCGCAUUCAUUCAGGAGAGAAACCAUAUCAGUGUGAUAUCUGUGGUAAAUCUUUCUGUCGAAGCAGUGACUUAACUUCACACAAACCUAUUCAUACCGGAGAGAAAUCAUUUCACUGUGAUAUCUGUGGUAAAUCAUUCUCUCAAAACAGUGUUUUAAUUAACCACAAACGUAUUCAUACAGGGAAGAAGCCAUAUCACUGUGUUAUCUGUAGUAAAUUAUUCUCUGGAAAUAGUGACUUAACUAAACACAUACGUAUGCAUACAGGAGAGAAACCAUUUCACUGUGAUAUCUGUGGUAAAUCAUUCUCUCAAAGUCCUAACUUAACUAAACACAAACGUAUUCAUACAGGAGAGAAACCAUUUCACUGUGCUAUCUGUGGUAAAUCAUUUGCUCAAAAAUGUAACUUAACUACACAUAUAUCUAUCCAUACAAAAGUUUGACUGUGUCACUGCUAAAGUUCAGUAUGCAUUCAAUGCCAGCCCCUCUCGCCCCUGUGCCGGUGGCAUGUAAAAAGCACCUACUACACUCUCAGAGUGGUUGGUGUUUAGGAGGGGCAUCAUGCUGUAGAGACACUGCUAGAUCAGAUUAGGGCCUGGAGCAGCCUCCUGGCUCCUCAGACCCCAGUCGAACUGUCCAACCCAUGCCAGCAUGGAAAACAGAUGUUAAACAAUGAUGAUGAUGAUGAUGAUGAUGAUGAUGAUGAUGACAGCAUCAAAAUUUUAUAACAGCAUUUCCCUUCUAAACUAUGUAUUAGCUUUUGUGGAUUUAACUAUAAUCACACAGCGAUAAUCAUACUCAUGAUCAAGAGAGAGAGAGAGGUGGGGAGACAGAGAGAGAGAGAGAGAGAGAGAGAGAGAGAGAGUGAAAGAGACAGAGAGAAAGGAGAGGAUAAGUGAAAACAAAAACAAUACACAAAGCAAGUGUGUGCAAUAAACAUUGAGGAUUGUCAAAUUUGAAGACCAACAAUACACAACAAACUAGGCUGAUUGUUAUGUGUGUGUGUGUGUGUGUGUGUGCAUGUAUGUAUGUAUUAAUGUAUACUCUUUUACUCUUUUACUUGUUUCAGUCAUUUGACUGCGGCCAUGCUGGAGCA